CAAAAGUAGUGUCAGUUUGAUAAGGUCUCUCACUCUUUUCUAGAAGAUGUUCCCACGCACUUCGCUGGCUCUGACCUUGCUGCUGUUCCUCGCUGUGCAGAUCCUGAGCACCGGAUACUGCCGGACGGGUUCACGGAAGCAACGUCAUAAAAGGGAAUGGGUCGUUCCCGCCAAACGCUUUACAGAAAAUGUAGACUACAGUUAUCUGCACUAUGUCGGCAAGAUCCGAUCAGACAACGAUGACAAGAUAAUGCUGCACUACACUUUAAGAGGACCAGGAGCCAACCAGCCACCUGUUGGUUACUUUGUAGUAGACACUUACAAAGGAUUUGUUCGCAUUACACGGCCCCUGGAUCGUGAGGAAAGACAAUACUACACCCUUAUCGGCACUGCAUGGCAUGCUAACAACACCAUAGCUGAAGAUAAUAUUAAAAUCAACAUUAUUGUGGAGGACCAGAAUGAUAACCCGCCGGUUUUCAUCAAGCCAGAACGAAGCAGUGUUUAUGAGGGCAGCCCAGUUGGUACCUUUGUAACACAAGUUGUGGCCAAAGAUGCAGAUGAGCCAAACACUCUUCAUACUAAGAUAGCAUACAGCUUGAUCAAGCAAGAGCCGAACAAUGGCCAGCUUUUCUUUGCUGUUGAUAAAGACAAUGGAAAAAUCUCUGUGAGCAACCCAACACUCGACAGAGAGCAACACAGGUCUUUUGUUCUCACGGUGCAAGCUGCUGACAUGUAUGGAAGUCCUGAAGGAAAUUCUGCUACAGCUACUGUAUUUAUAGAUAUCCUGGAUGUCAAUGACAAUGUUCCUACUUUGGAGAAGGAUGAGUUUUCAGCAAGUAUUGAUGAGAAUGAGGCACCUGUUGAGGUUUUGAGGAUCCAGGCUCUGGAUAACGAUGAAGAAAUGUCAGACAAUUGGUUGGCCGAGUUUGAAAUAGUCUCGGGGAACGAGGAUGGACGUUUCUCUAUUGAAACUAAUUCGAAGACAAAUAUGGGUGUUUUGUACCUGAACAAGCCUGUUGACUUUGAGUCAGCAUCUGAUAUGAAGCUGAAUCUAGUUGUUGCAAACAAAGCCCCUCCAGGAGCACCUCUAGUGAGUGGAGCAGGAGCAGGAGCAGGAGCAGGAGCAGGAGCAGGAGCAGGAGCAGGAGCAGGAGGUGCAGGUGCAGGUGCAGGUGGAGCAUCUGGAGCAGGUGGCCAACAUAUGUUUAAUGGAGGAAACUCCAGUGUGCUCAAGCAAAAGAAAUACUUAGUAAAUGUCAGUGUCAAAAACAAACCAGAGGCCCCAAAGUUCAAGCCAAAGAUCAAGCCUAUAUCUGUAUCUGAAAACACCAAAAAUUCUUUUCCAAGAGUAAUUGACACCUACACUGCUACAGAAGAAGACACGGGCAAAACUGCAGAAAAAGUCAAAUAUGCAAAGGGAUAUGACCCUGACAACUGGAUUUCUAUUGACAUGAAUACAGCUGAGAUAAAGUUGAACAAGGUACCAGAUCGUGAGUCUCCUUUUGUGGUAAAUGGGACCUACUAUGCCAAGAUCCUCUGCAUUACAGAUGAACUGCAUGCUCAGACGUCUACGGGGACUAUAGCUUUGCAAGUAGAGGACCUGAAUGAUAACUGCCCAAAACUCCUUGAUAGUGUGCAGACUGUCUGCAGGGAUGCCAGAGUGGUCAAUGUCACAGCAGCAGAUGAAGAUUCAGAUCCCAACGGAGCUCCGCUAGAGUUCAGAUUGAUACAAGAGAAGACAAAGGGCAAAUGGAAUCUCCAGCAAAUAAAUGAUGUAAGUGUUUCACUGCACGCUGAAGAUGACUUAUGGCCUGGUUUUUAUGAAGUUACCAUGGAGAUCAGAGACAAGCAAGGACUGGCCUGCCCCGAUAAGCAAGUCCUCCAUUUAGAAGUCUGCACUUGCUCUGAAGGAACGUUUUGUGUUUCAAAAGUGGCAGGCGUACGCACUACAUCAGCCAACUUUGGAGCAGCAGGAAUUAGUUUCCUAAUUCUAGGAUUCCUCUGCCUCAUCGUGUCGCUUAUGGCUAUAAUGCAAUGUGAAUGUGGGAAUCAUGGAAAAACAUUUAUUGAAAUGCCAUUUGAAACAAAGCAACAUCUUAUCACAUAUUGCACAGAAGAAAAAGUAACAUAUGGGGGUGAUCUUAUGAUGAGCAUGCCACCAAAACUCCACAAUGAAGGCAGCAAUGACAUUAAAUUAUCCAAAGAACCUUUAAGAAUGAUGGAAGCUGAUUCUAAUAUCCCAGUGAAUGAAACUCAGGCUGUAAACCAGGCUGUAAAUAACAGUCCUAAAAUGGUUGGAAUGAUGCAGAAGAGUGUAUUUGGAGGCUAUUACUAUGACAUAAAUGUGGAAAACUCUGCAAGGUGGAAGGAACAACAAAUCUCACUCGACUCAUUACUAAAACAAUACCUUGCACAUAAAUCCAGUUAUAUAUCAGAGAAUGAUUCUCCAAAGCAAGGACUGAAGCACUAUGAUUAUGAAGGUGAAGGAUCUGUUACAGGUUCAAAUGACAGCCUCAGCUUCAUUGAGUCUAAUGAUGAUCUGGAGUUCUUGAACAACCUGGGUUCAAAGUUCAACACCUUGGCUGAGGUGUGUGGAUUCAGACAGACUGACCCAAAAGUUAUUGUUAAUACUGUUGAGACAACACCAAACACAGCUGCAACUUCCAGUCACGUGACCAACAUUGUCCAGCCCAGUCCAGAAGAGAUACCUGUUAAAUCACCCCUUGUCCAAUCCAAACCUAAUCAGGGGAUUUUUGUACAGGAACCUAUGUACUAUGGAUUCAACCAGCCAGUGGCAAGCAGUGUUUUGCUGUCAGAGGAUGGGCUUGGGCAAGGUUUGUACAUAAUUAAUGGAACUCCAGAAGCUGGGAGUAUUCAGACUCAAGGUAACAGUCAUAUACUUGCAUAUUUAAGUAGUGGACAACAGGCUGUUCUAGCAAACAACACCAUUGGCGAUUCAGUCUUGUACUCAAAUAUUGUACCUCAGAGUCCGAUCAUGGUUACUGAAAGUUUAGGGGAAGUUAAUUCUGUUGUCAUUCAGAAUGUUUCACCAACUGCAAACCUUGUAAUGAUGGCACAGCAACAAUUAGAUGGAAUCGGUUCAUUGCAGUUGUUAAGAGAUAACGUGCAGGGUAGAGUAACUCUUAUUGAUGGUUCAGCAAAUGAAGGCAAAGUAUUUGUUGCAGGUCUAAGUCCAAGUCAUCAUCCCUUGAGCCCUCAACUUCUUUACCCAGUAAGUUCUCAAGAGUUGAGUGGAAUGGUACAUAUGAACCAAACAGUGAUUGAUGGCUCCCUUUCCAGUGCACAGAAUAAAGGGACAGUAACAAUUAUAGAAAGUCCUGUCAAUGAAAGCAAUGUUUUGACUGGAGGCCCAGGAACUCCAAACAUAGUGAGACUGCCUCAAGCUCCAACAGGACAGGUUAAUAAAAGUGAGCUAUUAGUAAAUGGUGUUCAGAACAUUGUAUCAGGGAAAGGUGGACAGAGCAGACCAUUGGUUAGUGGUCCCAUAAUUCUAGAGGGUUCAAGCCAGCUCCCACUUGUCCAGUAGUCUAGUGGAACUUCCUCAGGCAGCAAACAGACAGUUAUUUCGUUCUACAUCGUCCAAAGUUAGAACUUCAUGAAGCCAAAAUCCAAAGAACUUACAACAAAUGGGCAGAUGAACGUUAAGCAGUAAUCUAAUUUUCGGUUUAGAGUCAGUAAUACCUUAUUCAUUCCCAGGAUUGGAUUGUUCACAGAGGAGCACUAAUUUAAGCAUUAGAUGAGUUAUUAGUAUGCAAUAUUAAAAUGAAACAAUAAGUGAGUAUGAGCUUUUUAUAUAUAUAUAUUUAUAUAUAUUUUGCAUUUUUUAAUAUCUACUUGGCCUAGGUGCUUUGAACCUAUUUCAAGACCGAUAUUGUUAAACAUGUUGCAGUUUGUGUUACAUCUUAAAUCUACUGAUAAGAUUUCAAGGAAAACCUUAACACAUUGACGUACAUUGUAUACAACAAUAAAUAACUUGAUUAAAGAUUACAUGAUUUAAAAUGAACAAAAAAGGUACACUCUGAUUAUGUAGUGUUCUAAAGCUUUUAUUUCUGUAAAUUCUGUAAUCAAAUUUUAUCAUAUGUAAUUGUGUUGAUUAUUAUUAAUCAGUUCAGUCACAUAAUUCCAUAGACUUCCAUUAUAUUAGCAUUAUGGUGAACAACAGUCAAUCUUAUGUGAAUGUACAACUGUUUUAAUAUUCUGGUUUAAUAUUCUGUGAAUAAAAACUUGUUAAGUUAAUGUUAGGUUUUGUGGGGGGUUUUAUGGCAAUGAUGUUUUUUUCUUUUCUUUUUUUCGGUAGUUUCAACAGUUUCAAAAAUACAUGUGGUGUUUUGCUCUAAAUAAAGUUGAAAAUGACUAAAGAACA